AUGGACCACCUCAAAGUAAAAGUCCAUCACAUGAAACGCAAGCUCAGCGGUCAAGACAACGCCGCUGAACACAACGGUCGCUUCGUCCUCAUUACCAACGGCACUGGCUAUGUCUCUACAUGGAUCAUCAGACAAUUCCUCUCCAACGGGUAUCAAGUUCGAACUACAGUGCGAUCGAACGUGGAGGGGCAGGACGUUAGGGACACGCUUUCCAAGUACUCGCAUAACCUGGAAAUCGUCGUCCUGACAAGGGUGACCGAAUGGAGCGACUUGGUUAAAGGUGUCGAUGGUGUUGUGUGCACGAAGUUGGAAGAGUGGCAGGGUUUACUGGAGGUGAUAGUGAAGGAGGCGCCGCAGGUUCAAAGGGUCAUUGUCACUUCAUCACUUGACGCCGUGGUUGAUGCUACGAAUCUAUCCGAGCCGGGGCACGUCUUCUCCGCGCAAGACUGGAAUUCUUCAUCGGAGGAGAAGGCGUUGCAUGCCUUUGUGAAGGACGGCAAUUCGAAUUUCAGCCUGGCCACGAUCUGCCCCGCGAUGAUCUUGGGACCACUGGCGCACAAGACAGAUCUUGAUGGAGUGAAGAAGUCAUCAGAAGAUCUCACCGAGAUCUGGAGAAUCCUGGAAGGCAAAGGAAAGGGCGACUUUCGAUUUCCGGCUUUCGUGGACGUGAGAAACGUCGCGCAAGCACAUCUCCGUGCAUACGAGCUGGAAGUUGAUCAAGAUGGAAGUGAUGGAGGGGCAGAAAGAUAUAUCGCCUCUGGCGGCUCCGUGACCUACGCUCAAGUGUGCUCUACGUUAAGAUCUCAAUUCCCUGAAUGGAGACUGAGGAUCCCAGAUCCAAAGAACGUGGACGAUAAGGAACCGCCUUAUACAUUCGACAACACCAAGACGAAGGAAAGCCUGUUCAUGAGCUUCAUCAGCUUGGAAGAUUGUCUGCGUGAUACAGCACAGAGUUUGAUGGAAGUCGAAGCGGCGAGUAAGAAGAAUGUGCGAUAUGAUGGACAGGAAUGGUUCCGACAUGUUUGA